AUGAAGAUCCUUGAGGCUCAGAACGCCGUCUUGACCAAUUAUGAGGUCUACAAACAUCUGACGGAGCAGAGAGAGAGGUACGCCCAAGACAAGCGGCGAGGCCCUCCUAACCUAGAGACUGUUGUCAGAGAGAUCCUCCAGUACUUCCGUACACCUCCGAACCCGCUCAGCCAGAACCCGAUCACGUACACGCCGGAAUGCGUGGCCGCGCUCGUUGAGCGUCUACGGCCCUACAGCCUCUCCAAAGCCGAGGUCGUCAUGCUCUUCAACCUGCGGCCCCAGUCGGUCGCGAACCUGAACACUAGCGUCGAAGAGCUCGAGGAGCGUUUUACCCUAGAGCAGCAAGAGGCCAUUAUCGAGAUCGUUGUCGACGUGCUUGGCCGAUUUGGCGCUGUCGACAGCGAAAGCGCCGCCGAGGGAGACGUGUCCAUGGCCAACGGUGCGUCUUGA